GACGGCCCUUCUCCGAGGUCCGAUUAGCGAAGUGGAAAUCGAUUUGUCCACAUCUCAGGCGGACACCGCCGUGUCGGUCCCGCGUCCUAAACCUCUCACCUCGCCGGCGUCCGGCAGGCGCGCGAAGCCGCGAACGAUGCUCCGCCGCGCCCUCCUCUCCUCCGCCUCCCCAGCACUCCACGGCAGGGCACGAAUCCGAGCCCUGCUUCCCCAAUGGAGCAGCUACGCCUCCGUGGCCUCCUCCUCGGCCCCGCCGCCGGAGCAGCCGCCGCCGCCACCACCACCUCCAUCUCCGCCUCGAGGUCCGUCGAGGUCGGGCGGUGGUGGUCCCACUGUCUCGUCGCUGAACCCUGCAGAGGUUGCCAAGUUCGCUUCCAUCGCCGAGACUUGGUGGGAUUCUAGCGGUCCAUUCAAACCUCUGCAUGUGAUGAAUCCAACCCGACUGUCUUUUAUCCGCUCCACUCUUUGUAGACAUUUCAGGAGGGAUCCAAAUUCGUCCAAGCCACUUGAAGGUCUCAAAGUUAUUGAUGUUGGAUGUGGAGGUGGCAUUCUGUCAGAGCCUCUUGCUCGAAUGGGUGCUACGGUGACUGGAAUUGAUGCCGUUGACAAGAAUAUAAAGAUUGCAAGUAUUCAUGCGGCAUCUGAUCCAACAACUGCUUCAAUUGAGUAUUGUUGUGCAACAGCUGAGGAACUGGUAAAAGAGAAAAGGCUGUUCGAUGCUGUAAUUUCUCUUGAGGUGAUUGAGCAUGUCGCUAAUCCUUUGGAGUUCUGUGAAUCCCUCUCGGCUUUGACAGCUCCUAAUGGUGCCACUGUGGUUUCCACAAUCAACCGGUCAAUGAGAGCAUAUGCCACUGCAAUAGUUGCUGCUGAGUAUAUCCUCAGAUGGCUUCCUAGAGGCACACAUGAAUGGUCCAAACUGGUUACCCCUGAGGAGCUUGUCCUAAUGCUGCAAAGGGCUUCUGUCUCCGUCGAAGAGAUGGCAGGGUUCGUUUAUAAUCCGUUGAGUGGAGAGUGGUCCCUGUCAGAUGAUAUCGGUGUGAACUACAUUGCUUUUGGCGUCAAGAAGAGCGAAGCAUCGUCGACAAAUGGAAGAGAAGCAGGUUUAUCAUAGUUGAAGAAAAAGAACCGACCUUGAAUUAUUGGUGCAUCAUUUUCAGAGGACCAAAUCAUCAUGUCACUGAAAUCUUAAUGCUAAGGAUGCAACCAAGUAGCAAAAGAGAACUCCCUUGCCCUUUUUUUUUUUGUCAGCAUUGGAAUCUGCUGGGGCUUGUGGAGUGAUACUGCGUGGAAGUGGCAUUUAGAAGUCAAGGUUGAUGAGACACGACUGCUAACAAGUAGUGCUAGCUCUGCCAUUUUUGGGGGUAUAAAUGUAUUACAAGGAUGGUUUCAGACAGUUUUUCUCAAUUUUGUGGCAAUCACUGAUGUUCUAAUAAAAUACUACUACAGUACUGUUACGUGAAAAUUUGCCAUUUUUGGGGGUA